AUGAUGGAUUCCAAAACCAAGCUACAAGAUGUUGUCCAUCUUGACAAGAUUGAUGAUAUGGAAGAUGCCUUUCUCGGUGACAGAAUCGCCGAGGAAAAGAAGCUUUUGAAGAAGAUUGAUAUGAGGAUGAUGCCAAUGAUGAUGCUUAUCUAUGUACUCAAUUACCUUGAUCGCAAUAACAUCGCUGUUGCUCGUCUUGGCUCGUUUGAGAAAGACCUUGGUCUGCAAGGUACUCAGUACAACACCAUCAUCUCCAUCUUCUUUGUNGGAUAUAUCUUGACGCAGGUACCUACCAACAUGAUUCUGGACAAAGUCAAGCCCUCUGUCUUCCUGCCCUUUAUCAUGUGCUGCUGGGGAGCUGUCAGUGCCUGCUCUGGUGCGGUGCAGAACUACCACGGUAUGAUUGCCCUACGUUUCUUACUCGGGUUUGUCGAAGCGCCCUUCNNUUUCGUAAGUGUCUUCUGGAUUGCUUGGUGUCGCAUAACUAAUCAUAAAACUGUAGCCGGAUCCCUGUUCCUGUUCUCCUCGUGGUACACCAAGAAAGAGCUUGCGAAGCGUAUCUCAAUCCUUUACGCGGCUGGGCAGAUGGCAGGUGCUUUUGGAGGACUGCUAGGUAGUGCCAUUAUGGGUGGCAUGGAAGGUAAAGCAGGACUCGCUGCCUGGCGAUGGCUCUUCAUCAUCGAAGGGACUGCGACGAUUCCAAUCGCUUUUGUAGCUGCCUUUGUACUGCCAGACUACCCUGACACUACAAAGUGGUACGAUGCUAGCACUCUGCCCUCAAGAAUACCAGCUGACAAACGUGCAGGNCUGACUGAGCAAGAAAGACACCUUGCCAUACUCCGAAUCGCUGAAGAUGCAAACGAACAAGAUGUUCACAAAUCAAGCUCUCGCGAAGGACUAAAGCUGGCGUUUGCCGACCCUUCACUGUACAUCUUGUGGUUCAUGCAGUUGAGCUUGAAUACCGCAGCGGCUUUUACCAACUUCUUCCCGACCAUCGUUAAGACUCUUGGAUACAACAGAACCCAGACUCUGUUAUUGUCGGCUCCACCAUAUGUCUUUGCCGCCAUUCUGGGCAUCACCAAUUCAUGGCACUCGGACAAGACCCGGGAACGUUGGCUUCAUGUUGUCUGGCCCCAGGUGUUCUGCAGUAUAGGCUUCAUUAUCUCUGCAGUAACACUAAACACCGCGGCACGAUACACCGCAACCUUCAUGAUGAUGUCCGUCUAUGGUAGCUUCGGAUGUAUCUUAUCCUGGGUAUCCUCCACCUUAUCCCGUCCAUCUUCCAAGCGCGCGGUCGCCUAUGCUGUUGUGAACGCCGGAUCGAAUCUUGCAUCAAUAUACGCGUCUUACAUCUACCCAGCGUCGCAAGGACCACGAUACUGGCAAGCCAAUGUCGUCAAUGUAGCGUUCUCGGCAGCUUGCAUUGCACUUGCGACCACUCUUCGAUUCUAUCUGAGCUGGAGAAACAGGAAACUCGAUCACGCCAGUGAUGAGGACAACAGAGUGGAAAACACAGCUGUGGGAACAAGGGUGAUAGCACUGUCCCAGAAAUGGCAAUGUCAUCCUGACUACAGAUAUACACUAUAG